AAUUGAUUCAGAACCUUGUACAUACUCUUGACAUGCGGUAUCGAAAGACAACCGUUUUGCUUUGAGGCUGUAAAGGGUGCAUCAGAUGGAGGAACCGUUGAAAGACACAGAAAGGCUGGCUGGACUACUUGAGGCAUGUGGUGAUUAUACUGGUCCAAAGAAUGGUUCAUCAUCAGAAAACCCAUCCUAUGGCGCCAGUAUUCCCGAGCUGAUGGAGGGGCUGAGUCUGGCGGAAUCUUCUCUUGCGCAUACUUUGGUCGCGUUCAUGGAACGCGUAGUCGGUCUCAUUUUCGUUAGACGACACCCCUUGGCCCGUGUCCUUGAGUCUGUCCAGACUGCUGCCUAUAAUUUUCUUGCCAGUCUUUAUCAUCUCCUCGACGAAGCAAUAUGGCUGUUACGUUCGGCGGCGGAUUCUGUUCAGCUCGGACCAGGAGAGGUCCCGUUUCAAGCCCUUCAUGUUUCAAUGUUCGAUCGAUUCAAAUCCUUCCGGGAUCGUUGCAAGUUUGUCAGGAGCUCUCUCCCUGGCAUUGAUGCCGCCUUUGAUAGCGGACAGACUGAUCUAGUAGAGGAGUUGAAAGCCGUUGGGCUUCAUUACAUUUCCCGCAUUCUACUGCCGCUACCAGGUGGAAUGGGUGCUCAUGCGGCCCUCAUUGACGAUCUCCCUGCAGUCUUUUCAGUAUUGAAACGCUCUGCGCGUGAUGUUGUUGAUGGUAUCAAUGCCUUUGAACAACGCAUCCUCAGGUUUCGCGAUUGUUUUGUAGAUCUGGCAUGGGUGGAAACGAUGGUCGGGAACCCAGUGCUUGUCAAGGGGAUGUUAGACGUUCUUCUUUCUAUCAGCCAUGAGCAAUCGAGGCUGCGCGAGAGUCUUUCUGAUAUCUCUUUAGCGCCAGUCGGUGUAACGACAGAAAAUGUCCUCUUUAAUUUGUGAUCGAAUACGUAACUUUUGUGGUGGAUCACAUAUGGAGAACAUGUGUGGUCUGCGCACGAUCCGUUUGGUAGCAGUAUUGUGGUUUCAUCUCUGAA